UCGUCUUCUCUUUUCUAUAAAUGAAUACCCAAAGACUUCAUCUUCUUCACAAUUCAGAUUCCAAAUUUCUCAAACAAUCUUAAAAUCAUUCUCUCAAAUCUUUCAACCGUGAUCAAGAUGCAGAUCUUCGUUAAGACUCUCACCGGAAAGACUAUCACCCUCGAGGUGGAAAGCUCUGACACCAUCGACAACGUUAAGGCCAAGAUCCAGGACAAGGAAGGCAUUCCUCCGGAUCAGCAGAGGCUUAUUUUCGCCGGAAAACAGCUAGAGGAUGGCCGUACGUUGGCUGAUUACAAUAUCCAGAAGGAAUCCACCCUCCACUUGGUUCUCAGGCUCCGUGGUGGUAUGCAGAUUUUCGUCAAGACCCUAACGGGGAAGACGAUUACUCUUGAGGUGGAGAGUUCUGACACUAUCGACAACGUGAAGGCCAAGAUUCAAGAUAAGGAGGGUAUUCCUCCGGAUCAGCAGAGGUUGAUCUUCGCCGGAAAGCAGUUGGAGGAUGGCAGAACCCUUGCUGACUACAACAUCCAGAAGGAGUCGACCCUUCAUCUUGUUCUCAGGCUCCGUGGUGGUAUGCAAAUCUUCGUCAAGACGUUGACUGGAAAGACUAUCACUUUGGAGGUGGAGAGCUCUGACACCAUCGACAAUGUCAAAGCCAAGAUCCAGGACAAAGAGGGUAUCCCUCCGGACCAGCAGAGAUUGAUCUUUGCCGGGAAACAACUUGAAGAUGGCAGAACUUUGGCUGACUACAACAUUCAGAAGGAGUCUACCCUUCACUUGGUGUUGCGUCUCCGUGGAGGUAUGCAGAUUUUCGUGAAAACUCUCACCGGAAAGACCAUCACCUUGGAGGUAGAGAGCUCUGACACCAUUGACAACGUGAAGGCCAAGAUCCAGGACAAGGAAGGUAUCCCUCCGGACCAGCAGCGUCUCAUCUUCGCUGGAAAGCAGCUUGAGGAUGGUCGCACUUUGGCUGACUACAACAUCCAGAAGGAGUCUACUCUCCACUUGGUCCUCCGUCUCCGUGGUGGUUUCUAAACCUUGUUUCUCUCUGUUAUGCUUACAUGUUCAUGUCUCGUUUCUUCUAAAACUUCGGUGGUUUGUGUUUUGGGGCCUUGUAAUUCCCUUAAUAAAUAAUUGAUCAACUAUGUUUCGGUUCCGUUUA